AUGGGGAAUGGCCAGGCCGCGCCGUCUCCAGGUCCUGGAGGUGGUGGUGCGUUUGUAGUUCCUGCUCAUGCUCCACAGCAACAACAACAGCAACAACAACAACAACAACAGCAACAGCAGCAGGUUCAGCAUCAGCAACAGCAGCAACAACAACAGCAGGUUCAUGGAGGACCAGUUCCACCUCAUCAUUUUCAGUUACAACAGACGGCAGACGAGUUUAAUGGGCUCAUGAUCGAUUCGCACCAACCACCGCCACCGCCGCCGCCCCAAUCACAUCACCAUCAUCAGACAAUGGCCCCUCCUCCUCUUCAUUUCCAGACUCCAAUGACAGGAAAUCCCGAUAUGCUUUUCCAACCGCACUCGGCAUUCCCGCUUCAGUACCAUUUAUACGCGCCAGUGCCCAUGCGACGUGCCCGUGAGACCCUGUCGCCUCACGAACGACGCAUUGAGGACUUCUUUAUUCGAAAUGAUUUACGAGAAGAAUUACAGAAGAAAAACGAGGCACUGCUUCAGAAACUGCCGAACUCGGCUCUGCCCGAGUUUGUUCAUAUUUAUCACUCGCUGGUGCCUCUGGACACGAAUAUCGACAAGAACGACCGAUUGUUUGGCUACCCGACUUGGGCGUAUAAAGCGACGUCAAAUCGUGACGGACGAAUCUACUGUCUACGACGAGUCGAGGGUUUCAGGUUGACUAACGAGCAUGCUAUUAAAUUGGUGCAAAAGUGGAGAAAUAUCGAUUCACCGAAUAUCGUUAAACUUUACGAAGCAUUCACGACCCGUGCAUUUGGCGAUAAUUCUCUAGUGUUUGUGUACGAUUACUAUCCACUAGCAACGACGCUGUUCUCGACGUAUUUCGGGCCAAUGGUCAAGUUCCAGCAUCCUCUGGAACAAACAAGACCUAUUGACGAGGGUCUGAUAUGGGCGUAUAUCAUUGAACUGGUAAAUGCACUUAAAGCUAUACAUGAAGCCGGGCUGGCAGCACGAAUUGUUGAUCCAACCCGGAUUCUGGUGGUGAAAAAGGGACGAAUCCGGUUGAACUGCUGUGGAAUUUUUGAUAUUCUUCAGUUUGAAAGCAGUAAUGGAGUCAUUAGUAAAGAGGAGAUUGCCGCGUUACAGCAGGAAGACUUUAUUAAUAUCGGACGAUUGAUUUUGAUUCUUGCGUGUAAAUCGACACUGGGGGCUAGCCAGCCACUGGCCAAGUCGUUUGAGACCAUAUCCAAGCAAUAUUCUGCUGAUCUGUUACAAUUCACACAACAUUUGCUGUCGUCGGAUGCUGUUGAGCAGCCCGAUGCUGCUGUUCCGACGCCGAUUACCGUUGGUUCGUUAGUGACGAUGCUGGCUGAUAAGACGUUAGAGUACCUGAGCAGCUCAUUGUAUGCGAACGACGACCUUGAAUCGCAGUUGUCACAGGAGCUAGAAAAUGGCCGGCUCGUAAGAUUACUGGCCAAAUUCGGGUUUAUUAAUGAACGACCCGAGUAUGAACACGAUCCGAACUGGUCCGAGUCUGGCGACCGGUACCUGAUUAAACUGUUCCGUGACUAUGUGUUCCACCAGGUCGACGAAAUGGGUAAACCCAUUGUCGACAUGGGCCAUGUGCUGGCAUGUCUCAACAAACUGGACGCCGGCGUCGACGAGCCCAUCCUGCUGGUGUCCCGCGAUGAACAGUCGUGUCUCCUCGUCUCCUACAAAGAGCUCAAGUCCUGCAUCUCCUCGGCCUUCCGCGACCUCUCUAAAUAG